UUUUAGGUCACGACGCGAGGGAGAAAGAGAGAGAGAAACCCUCGAUCGUGCGUGAUUUCUCUCGCCCCUUUCCCUCCCUUUCUCUCCAGCUUUAUCUCGUUUCCUAGGGCUUUUCUCCGUCCAGCGAAAUCAUAAAAUCCCUAGAAUGAGUAGCAACGACAAGGACCAGAUCGACGUGUCCGAUCUCGGCGCCGCCCUCCCGGCCGCCGCCGCCGCUCUUAGUGCAGAGGAUCGUGCCGGUCUCGUUAGUGCCCUAAAGUAUAAACUUCAGAAUUUGGCUGGGCAGCACUCGGAUGUUCUUGAGAGCUUGACGCCCAAGGUUCGGAAGCGGGUUGAGGUUCUGAGAGAGCUGCAGAGUGAACAUGAUGAAUUGGAGGCAAAAUUUUUCGAGGAGAGAGCUGCCCUUGAAGCAAAAUAUCAGAAGCUUUAUGAACCGAUGUACACAAAGAGAUAUGAGAUUGUAAAUGGUGUGGUAGAAGUUGAAGGAGUUACGAAUGAGGCCACAAUGGACCAAGAAGAGAAUAAGGAAGCGGAAGAAAAAGGUGUUCCGAACUUUUGGCUCACUGCAAUGAAGACCAAUGAAGUAUUGGUUGAGGAGAUCUCAGAGCGUGAUGAAGAGGCUCUCAAAUACCUCAAAAAUAUCAAGUGGUGUAGGAUUGAUAAUCCCAAGGGUUUUAAGCUUGAGUUCUUCUUUGAUCCCAACCCAUUUUUCAAGAACAAUGUUCUCACGAAAACAUAUCACAUGAUUGAUGAUGAUGAGCCAAUUUUAGAAAAAGCAAUAGGAACAGAGAUUGAAUGGUAUCCUGGUAAAUGCUUGACUCAAAAGAUCCUUAAGAAGAAGCCCAAGAAGGGGUCUAAAAAUGCAAAGCCUAUCACGAAGACUGAAAAUUGUGAAAGUUUCUUCAAUUUCUUCAAUCCUCCCCAGGUUCCUGAUGAUGAUGAUGAAAUUGAUGAAGAUUCUGCAGAAGAACUCCAGAACCAAAUGGAGCAAGAUUAUGACAUUGGGUCAACCAUUCGGGACAAGAUUAUUCCCCAUGCAGUCUCAUGGUUUACAGGGGAGGCUGUUCACGCUGAUGAGUUUGAAGACAUGGAGGAUGAUGAUGAGGAUGAUGAAGAUGAAGAUGAAGACGAGGAUGAUGAUGAGGAUGAUGAGGACGACGAAGAUGAAGAUGAAGAUGAAGAGAAAAGCAAAACCAGGAAGAAGCAGUCAUCUGGAGCAAAGAAGAGCGUUAGAAGUCACGCUGCGGAAGGCCAACAGGGUGAGCGUCCACCGGAAUGCAAGCAACAAUAGGUAUGUAGCACCAGAUCUGCAGAUGGGCAUUGCAAGGAAUGCAAAUAUGGUUGGGGGAGAUGCUGUUGUCCUUGGCCGGAUGAGAGCUUUUUUGGUUUAUUACUAUCAUUCGUCCUUGGUCCGUUAGGUGUCAUCAUUGUCUUUUUCAUUGUAGUUUUAUUUGUUCAGUUUUGUAUGGUUUCAUUGCGAGGGAGAUUGUUAUAAUUUUAUUGGGCUUGGAAGGGAUUUCUGGAGGGGUAGGUGUCGCCAAGUUUUCCGUGAAGCUAGUGAAUAAGCAUAAAUACGGGUGCUUGAUUUGCGGUGAUGUUAAAAGAAGUUAAUUUCUUUGAUACAUUUGGGUGAAAAGCUCAGUUAUAUUUUGGUAGGAAGGAAGCACACAACCAGGAAAGAAUGGGAGAAUGAAUUGAGAAGGAAUUGGCAAAUUGACUUUGGAAUUUUCUCUGUUUGGGAAGUGAUUAUUUUUUGCAGACAA